AUGGACAAAGAAGCUGGUCUUCACAUUGUUGUGCUCCCAUGGAUACACUACAGCCACCUCCAUUCCUUCCUCCACCUCUCCCGGCUAAUAGCCCAACUCGGCCACCGCAUCUCCUUCCUCUCCAUCCCAUCCCUCGUCCAAAGCCUGGCCGCGUCCCACUCCGAUCUCCCUCCUCUCGUCCACCUCGUCCCCCUCCACUUCGAUAUGCACGACGACGCUCUCGAAGCCGCCCUCGCCGCCUUCCUCGAGAGUGCUUCCCCUCCCCCGGACUGGAUCAUCUUCGAUUUCAUCCCACACUGGGUCCCCCGCGUCGCCGCCCGCCUCGGCGUGCCGUGCGCCUUCGUCUGCCUCAUCGGUGCCGCCGCCAGCGCCCUCUCCUGGCCGGCGGUCUCGCUUGCCGCCGACGGCGGCCAGGUGAUGCCCGAGCACCUCGCCGGGCCGACCGGUCGGUUCCCGUUCCCGACGUCGCUCGCCUACCGCCCCUACGAGGCUCGGCAAGUCGUGCGCGACAUGUUCGAGCCCAACCAGCUCGGAGCGUCGUGGGGAUCCCGCGGCGGGUUGGCGAUCCGGGGUUGCGACGUCGUCGCCGUCCGGAGCUCACCGGAGCUCGAGGCCGAAUGGCUCGCGCUGCUCGAACCCCUCUACCGGAAGCCGGUGCUCCCUCUCGGCCACUUCCCCCCAACUGCUCCGGCGAAGACGGAUCCAGAAUGCGACUAUAUUUUUGAGUGGCUGGGCAAGCAAGAAGCUGGAACGGUGGUGUGCGUGGCCUUGGGGACUUCGGUCAGUUUGAAUCAAGAGCAAACGCGUGAGAUUGCCCGUGGCCUGGAGCUCUCCGGUCUGCCAUUCCUGUGGGUUCUGAGGAGCUCAGAGAGCGAGAGCGAGACGCUCCUACACGAGACCGGGGGCAGGGGGCUGGUGUGGAAGGGCUGGGCGCCUCAGGUCGGGAUCCUGGGCCACCCUUCGGUCGGGGGGUUCUUAACCCACUGCGGCUGGAGCUCUCUCGUGGAGGCUCUCCAGUUUGGACUCGCCCUCGUCCUCCUUCCCCUGGCCUACGACCAAGGCCUCAAUGCCCGGCUCAUGGUGGAGAAGAAGGUCGGGGCGGAGGUUCCGAGGAACGAAGAGGAUGGCUCCUUCGUUGGGGAGGAUAUCGCUCGGACAGUCAGGUUAGUUAUGGUUGACAGAGAAGGAGAGGGGUGCAGGAAUCGAGCUAAGGAGCUUAGUCGAGUUCUUGGGAGCAAGGAGGUGCACGACAGGCAUGUGAGGAAUUUUCUCAAAUUGGCUGCAGAUCACGCUAGACAACUCAAUACUCUCAUUGGCAUCGAAGGAAGAAAACUAUAUUCCUACAGAGGAAUACUUUCAUGCAAGCUGUCACUCUAA